UAGGCCUUUAGUUUUAACUUCCCAACUUGAGGUUAUAUCCUCAAAAUUGUAAAUAAAUCAAUAUGCUGAAACGAAGCCCAUUUUCAACACUUAUAAAAGGAAUAAGUAGUCUUUCCAUGAGAAGCCCGAUUCCGAUUUGGCAUGUAUCUGCUUCUCCGGUCAUUGCUCCCAAAUAUAAUUUGCCUACAGUUCCGACAACUUCCCAUGUUUCUCACAGGCAGAUUGCUCGUGCCAACUUUUUCGCUGGGUACAGACCUUUAGCUCCUUGCGACGUUUCGAAACCCGAGUCAGACCCAGCACCAAGUAAUUUCACUCAAAAACAAGUAGACUUUAAUCCUGAAGGAUCUGAUGAAUAUGUUUUAUCUUUGGAGAACGGAGUGCUACGUGCCCAAGCUCUCUCUCCAUCUGGUAAAGUUACAGAAUCUCUUCCUGUCCGUAUAUCCUCUCAAGUAUGGGAACAACUAUGUGAUACUUUAAUAUCCACGACUCCAAUCAGCUUAACAAGUGUUAAACGGAAGAGAAAACUGAAGAUGAACAAGCACAAAUAUAAGAAGCGUAUGAGAAAACAACGAGCCUUGCGUAAGCGAUUGGGUAAAUAAGAAAGAUUGCAACUUUUUGACCUUCUUUUUACGUUGUGAAUAAUGAAAAGCGCGAAUUUUAGGAAUCCCUGAUUCCAUUAUGCAUCCUUCUAAUAGCUAAUGCGAAGGACCAGAUUUGUUUUCGAGGUUUAUAGUUUGGUUCAAUGUUCAUAUAGGUUUUCUUAAAGAGCAUCUUCUGUUUCUUACACUUUUGACCUAUAUAUGCAUGUGAAACAAAAAGAAUGAUCAACGAACUUUCUUUGUGGGUUGAGUAAAAAUCUGUACAUCAAUUAAUUUUCUUUCAUUAUGACUUGAAAUGGUAUGUCACAAAGGCCCAGAUACAAAUUAAAUGCCUUUAAGCAGGACAGACAUUAAGAUUGAAUGAACGUUUAGAGAAAACCACCUAGCAUGAACUGAAUGACACCCAUACUUAUUACAUUUCGUAUAUGUCUUUCAUUGAUUCUUAUUUCAAACUUUACAGUAUGUCGAAACUAUUGAAUGAAACCUUCCUGUGAAUACCAUGCAUGAACUUGCAACAUGGUCAUCGCCUUAACGAUCUUUGUUUUUCCCGAAAAGAGAAACGCCCGAAGGGUCAAUAGCUGAGUCUACAGGUAUAUUUAGUUUCUUUUUCUUACGAAAACACAUAUUGGAUAGGGAAAAAAAGCUUAUUUUUGGAGCCGAACCAAACCUCUGUAUUAUAAUAUACGGUAAUAUCUCUCAAGAAUAUAGCAGAGCCGUGAUCCUUCUUAGCCUGUAUACC